AUGGGCUAUAAAGACGCCUUCCGCAAUACGUUCUUGGUCGACGUGUUGGAAUAUGCAGGGCUGGUCAAGCUCGACGCCAACUUCCUGCAACAAGAGCGACCCGCAGCGGGCCCCACGUCUUCUGAGACGUCAGACCAAAAAGAGGAGAUCACCGUGGAACGCGACCUGGAGAAGGCCGGGGAAAACGCUGAUUCAAGGUCGAACUCCGCGGAAGAGGACCAAAUUGACCCCUUCCUGGUCGACUGGAACGGUGACUCGGACCCGGAACACCCGCUCAACUGGAGCAACCGUAAAAAUGGGUUUAUCGUGGCCCAGAUGGUGCUGCUGACAACCACCACAUACAUGGGCGCUUCCAUCUACACGCCUGGACAAGAACAGAUCCAGAAGGACUUCCACGUAGGACAUGUGGUUGGUACUUUGAACUUGUCGUUAUACGUGUUAGGGUACGGUCUGGGCCCUAUUAUAUUCUCACCGCUCUCAGAAGUUGUUACCAUUGGACGCCAGCCGCUAUACAUCAUCACAUUGUUCCUGUUCAUGCUUUUCCAAAUAGCGUCAGCUACUGUGCGCAACAUGGGCGGUCUGGCCGUGAUCCGUUUCAUUGCCGGUGUUGUGUGCUCACCUUCUCUUGCCACCGGAGGUGCUACCAUGGGUGACAUUAUCAGCCCCGAAAUCGUACCCAUAUUUAUCGGCCUUUGGGCCAUGGGCGCCUUUGUGGCGCCUGUAAUUGCCCCCGUAUUGGGAGCCGCCAUGGUCGUCGCCAAGAACUGGCGUUGGGUGUUCUGGUUACUCACUUUCAUCAGCGCGUUCACAUUAGUGCUGCUAACGGCAUUUUUCCCCGAGACGCAGCACAACAAUAUCCUGCAUAGACGCGCCAAGCGGUUACGUAAGCAAACCGGAGAUAGUCGCUAUUACACCCGACAGGAACGCAUAGACGCACAAGUGGAGAUCGGUGCGUUUUUGAAAGAACUGCUUGUGCGGCCGUUUCUGGUUAUGGUAAAGGAACCGGCUGUGCUUGCCUUUGACAUAUACAUCGCGCUGUGCUACGGCAGUUUCUACCUGUUCUUCGAGGCUUUCCCCAUUGUGUUCAUCGGGAUCUACAAAUUCACGCUGGUGGAACUAGGACUCGCAUAUAUGGGGUUCAGUGUAGGGUGCGUCUUGGCGUACGCGCUACUGCUGGUGUAUCUCUUCAAGUACAUCGGUCCCAAGUUCAAAAACGGCACUUUCAGGCCGGAGGACUUUCUGCCGCUGGCCAUGCUCGUUUGUUGGUGUUUACCGCUCGCGCUGUUCCUGUUUGGAUGGACCGCCCGGGUGCACUGGAUUCUGCCCAUGAUUGCAGAGGUGUUUUUCGUGGUGGCCGUUUUCAACCUUUUCCAGGCCGCAUUUGCGUACCUGGCUGUCAGUUACCCUCGAUAUGUUGCCUCGGUUUUUGCCAGUAACGGUUUCUGUCGUUCUGUCUUUGCUUCUGCGUUCCCAUUGUUUGGCCAAGCCAUGUACAACAACUUGGGCAGCGAAAAAUACCCGGUUGGGUGGGGGUCCUCUUUAGUAGGAUUCUUUUGCGUAGGAUUAGCUGCGAUCCCCUUUUAUCUUUACAAGUAUGGACCCACACUACGUGGUAAAUCCGAAUACGCCAAUUAG